GAUGUGAUGCGGUGCAUCCUAUGCUUAUGGUGUUCCCUAGGACACCUUAUCUAAGUUUGUUAGAAUGAGCUUCUAGAAUUCUCUUUUUGCUUUAUAAAUAGGAGGUUUUUGUAAUAGGGAAGACAUUGAAUGACAUAUUACUCUCUUUGAAGCUUAGAAAGCUUGUUCUUCUUCCCUGGAUUGGGAACUCUUUGAAAUCCUUCUUGCAGGUGUCGUCUUCCGCCGAUCCACUACAUCAGUUGGUAUCAGAGCCAGGAGCUUGUGAAGAGCGAUGUAUUGCAGAAGGUCGGCUGUCGACGAUGAUCGAAGCCGCAAAACAAGAUUGGCGUUCGACGACGUUCGACGUCAAGAAAGGUGGGCUGUCGACGAUGCUCGAAGCCGGAUCGCCUUUUACCAAGCUCAGUCGAAGGAAUCGCUCGAUCGGGUAGACAGAAACCUUGAUCUGAUUCGCGAAAACCUUCGAGCAAUAAGGAAGAUGAGGAAGACGUCGGCAACCAUACCGAGGUACUCUUAUUCUUCUUCUUCGAUCUCAUCAUCCGCUUCACGCAGACGCCGUCAGCCACGCCACGAUUACCCUCCGCUCGAGCUCCCUCUCCGAUGGCGUGACCCGCCACCAAAAUACCCGCCGCUCGAUCGUCCGAUGCGAUGGCCAGAUUCUUCGCCCGAUCGCGCAGUUCGCAACCACCCCAGGUCCGUCUUCAAAGAUUCGUAUCCGUUCCAGCAUCAUCCGCCUCCCGCGGACAUGAAUCUUUGCACACCGCCAGCGAGCUCAACUCCGAUUCCGCCUCAUGAUUCGCCUGCAUUUUCAAUGCUCCAGCGAAAUGCCCUCACUGGUCCGACAGCUGGCCUACUCCACUCGUCGAUGCCGGCAGCAGCCACGGUUGAGGCCGAAGAUUCUUCAGACGUUCAUGUCAUUUCCGCCCAGGUGAGUAUCUGCUCAACACAGUCACCGCGAUCUCGGUCUGAGAGCCCUGCGAGGAACCUAUCUCAGGCUGUGGAGCUUCUGCAUAAUAGCCGGAGAAAGGCCCAGCUCGGCAAACGAUCCAUUUCAAACCUCCCAGAGUCCUUCAUGGCGAGCUCCUACAGCCUUCGACCUGUCGGCGAGACUCUCCCGCCGUUAAUGGACGGACCAGAUCCUCCAUCACCGCCCGCUCCGACGGAGCCCCAUCCCACAGCCGCCGUCCAGGCUCCCGCACCCCAGCCGCCGAUUCGCCGACGCGACGCGUGCGUGACUUCGCCCGGCGCUUGCCCGAACAGACUCCGGCACACCCAGCGCCGGUCUCUGGCGACUCCGCUCAUUGGCAGCACCAGUCCGGCGAUCUCGCUCCAGAUCACGGAGAAUGACUCCGUCUCUUCACAUGAAAAAACUAAUGUUGAGCAAACUGCCGCAAGACCAGAAGAGGAUGUCGUCAUUGAUGAGGAAGCUUAUGAUCCUUCAGAACCUGUGGAAGCUUCAACUGUUGAAGAUGAAGAUCCGGUAGAGGAGAGAGCAUGGAAGGCAAAAAUGUUUCUCCAAAAGAUCUAUUUCUACUACACGCCGUUCAACAGCUCUCACCGCUACAUUCUCAUGCCGGACGGCGUCGAGCGUCAUCUCGUGCGGGCUGACGACACCAAGAACUGCUUCAUAGGAGAAAAUAAUGUCGGUAAUGAUGCUGCUGCACUAAUGUCUCAACUGGCCCCGAAGGCUAAGGCUUUAAGAGAUGAAAAAUGGAAAGAAACAGGUGCUUCAAUAUUGGUUCCAAGAAAUCCUCUGAAAGUUGAUCAGCCGGCUCUUGCGGAAGAAUCCCUACCAGUAACUAAGUGCCCUGGUGAUGCUGUCUACUCGCGUUCAACUUAUAAACAAGGAGAAAUAGAAGCAGUGGGUAUGGCUGCCUUGAAUUUGUUAAGGAAGAUCAUAAACAAGCAUUUAAAGAAAAAUCUUGACAGACUCACAACAGAACAACCACUGAAUGAUUUUAUGGAGGUAUGUAAAGAUCUUCAUGCCCUUAGCAUUGCUAAAAGAAAUACAAAUGAUUUUGAAGUGUGCGGCAGAGUCGUUGGAAGUAGUAUUGGGAAAGAUUUUAUUACAGGUGUGGAAAUGCCAGAUUUAAAUGCUGCUGAAAAAGUUGAUUCAGUGCAAUGCAUCCAAACUGUUCGACGAAAUGACGCUAAAGGAUUCAACCCAAAUUUGAAGAGGCUAGAGGAGAUUGUGCAGAAGCUUGAUAAAGUUCCAGCUGAGGCCUUUUUGACGUGUACACAUCUGGCAAUAGUGAUGGAAUAUGCUAUAGGAGGUGAGAUGUUUGAGAUAAUUUGGAAUACAAGGAGGUUCGUUGAAGACGAGGCAAGAUUCUUCUUUCAACAACUUAUUUCAGGAGUCAGCUACUGUCAUUCCAUGCAAAUAUGCCCCAGGUCUCUCAAGUUAGAAAACACAUCAUUGGAUGGUAGUAUUAUACCGAGGCCAAAGAUAUGUGACUUUGGGUAUUCCAAGUCUUCUGUGUUACAUUCACAACCAAAAUCUAUGGUUGGUACACCAGCUUACAUCGCUCUCGAGGUUUUAUGUCGGAAGCAAUAUGAUGGCAAGGUUGUUGAUGUUUGGUCUUGUGGAGGUUGGUCAAUCGAGUGGCAAAGACUUAGCAGGAAUAGUCUUAUAAUUGGAACUGCCUUACUUGAGGCCAUAAAAGCAACAGCAGGUCCAAGCACAAAAGUUGUUUUUUCUGAGAACCGUGAUGCAUAUUUCAUCCGAGACAAUGCAAAUGUUUUUAUUGGAAUUUUUAUUCCUUACUUGAAUGGCUUUGUUAGCAAACUGUUGGUAUUCAUUCAGAUUUGGAAACAGAAGGCUGCAAAGAGCUUAAAAGAUCAUAAUAUUUCAAUAACUGUGGCUGAUGCUCAAUUUUGUAAGCCUCUUCAUGUGGUAAUUUUAAAGACCGCAUUCAAAGUCUUCGAUCCGGGAAUCUGCCUUCUGCAACUUCUUUGUCAAUAAUGCGUCUCGACGCUCUG